AUGCGCAGAUUGGGGUCGCUCUGCGACAAAGAAACCUCUUCCGUUGACAAGUACACUCCAGCUGCAGUAAUCCACAAACUCCAAGAGCAGGAACUUCACCGAACCAUUACCCGCUCUCAGACGUAUAUCAAUCCGUAUGGUUACGCUCUUUCCGACAUUUCAGUCUGUAAUAGGUUCUUCCACCCUUGGAUGGUUUCGACAAAGGAGCCUUUAGAACGUCAUGAGCCGUUGAAGGAGGUUCUGCAGACCUCACUUUCAAAAUUGUUUGAACUCGAGCACACCGAGGUUCGACGGCUUUUCGACCAACAUCAAACCGUCAAGGCCGAUGCAAAUCAAACCGACGACCUCCCAAACAGUCUGAAAUCCUCAUCAUACAUGACAUCGACAGAGAGUCAUCCCUCUUGGGUGUGCUUCAGGGAGAUAUUAUUCUUUCUGGAAAGGGCGCCACUCAUUAGACUGAGAGAGGAGAUGGCAGAGGAGCUAUAUGGGCAAUACUUUCCCAAGAACAUACCACGGCGUAAAUUAUCUGGGCUAUUUUACGGAGAUUCCCAGAAUGGCUAUGAACGGGCGAAAUAUAACAUCAAGUUUAUUGAGAAAUAUCUUGCAGAAGAUGUCGUAGUGUUUGCCUGUGCAAGUAGCGAUGGACCCAAUCCAGUUGGCACUGGCAAGGUGCGGAUAUCUCAGGCGAAGGACUUCUGCUGGAGGAAUCUACGAGAGAAAUGGGACUUUGAAAACUGGUGUCCCCUUCCGGAUGGACAGAAGAACCCGCCGAUACGACGGUUGACAGACAGAGACGACCUCCCGGUUCAAGAAGAGAGUUCAACCGCGGAAAAAGGGAAAUGA